AUGAUGUCCUUCAAAAGAAAGGAGCCUCCAAAUGAUUAUUUGUUACUCGCAAGGCGUGCUAUUAUAGCCUGUGCCCAAUACCUUCCAUUGGCUCUCUCAAUGCUAGCUCGUCCAUUUGAAGAAAUUCAGAACAUACUUAGAACAAGUUAUGGUGGUUUGACAAAUCGUGCGCAACAAGUUUUCCUUGACAUUGCAUUCUUUUUCAAGGGUAAAGAUAUGGACUAUGUGAUUCAAGUACUAAAAUGUCACAAGCUUGAAUCUCCUGAGAAUUGUGUUCAAGAGCUCGUAGAGAAUGCCUGUAGAGUUAAACUCAAAAUCCAAACACGGAACGUUACAUCACCAGACUAUGCUAAAUUCAAGGACAUGACUCCUACUAACUUAAUCCAUAUUACUGACACAACUAACAAACUACUCCACUACUGGGAGACUCCUCAAGACUUGGUAAACAUAACAACGUGCAACAUGACUUCCUACAGAAUAGGAUAA